AUAACAACUUUUACAAUGUUAAGGACAAUUCUUUAUUAUUGUGUUCAUAGUUUUGACUUCUGUCAAGAUGUAGCAGAACAAAGGCCUUCUGAAAACCUCGGGCAAGUCUUGUUUGGAGAGAGAAUAGCCUCAUCCCCUUACAAGUUUACAUUUAACAAAGAAGAAAAAUGUAAGAAGGUCUGUGAAAGAUCUUACAACCCAAAGAAUGCAACGGAAAAAGUUAAGCUGGAGUUUUUGAAGAAAGGAAUGCAGUUGAAUUAUCAGCAUCACUGGAUUAUUGAUAACAUGCCCGUGACAUGGUGUUACGACAUGGACGAUGGACACAAAUACUGCAAUCCAGGCUUUCCAAUAGGAUGCUUUGUUGCUUCAGAUGGCCGGGAAAAAGAUGCCUGCAUUAUUAAUUCUGAGUUCAACAAGCGGAAUACUUUCUAUCUCUUCAAUCAUGUUGACAUCACGAUAACCUACCACAGUGGAAGGAAAGAGAACUGGCCUGGGGCUCGGCUGGUCACGGCGAGACUGGAACCCAAAAGUUACAAACAUACAGAUAUAAACAACUUAUCCUGUCAAGGCCCCCCUAUGGAAAUUCCUGCAGAAUUUGCCAGCAGGCUGAAUGUGAUCUAUUCUUACUCGGUGAAAUUUGAAGAGAACAACAAUAUCAAGUGGGCUUCGAGGUGGGAUUACAUCUUGGAAUCUAUGCCCCACACCAACAUUCAGUGGUUUAGCAUAAUGAAUUCUCUUGUGAUUGUCCUCUUCUUAUCUGGAAUGGUGGCCAUGAUCCUUCUGAGGACACUGCACAAAGAUAUUGCAAGAUACAACCAGAUGGAUUCCUCAGAGGAUGCCCAGGAGGAGUUUGGGUGGAAGCAGGUCCAUGGAGACGUGUUCCGGCCUCCCAGGAAGGGCAUGCUGCUGUCGGUCUUCUUGGGCCAAGGGACGCAGAUUUUCAUAAUGACGUUCAUUACUCUGUUCCUCGCCUGCCUCGGGUUCCUUUCACCAGCCAACAGAGGGGCCUUGAUGACUUGUGCAGUUGUGCUCUGGGUCUUGCUGGGGACUCCGGCGGGCUACGUAUCUGCUCGGAUGUACAAAACAUUUAGAGGUGAAAAGUGGAAGACAAAUGUGUUGCUGACAGCACUACUGUGUCCUGGAAUCGUCUUUGCUGAUUUCUUCAUUAUGAACCUUAUUCUCUGGGUGAAGGGAUCUUCAGCAGCGAUUCCCUUUGGCACUCUGGUUGCUAUCUUGGCCAUGUGGUUUGGGAUCUCUGUCCCGUUAACCUUCAUCGGGGCUUACUUUGGAUUCAAAGAGAAGCCUAUUGAGCACCCAGUGCGUACAAACCAGAUCCCUCGCCAGAUUCCAGAGCAGUCCUUUUUCACCAAGCCUUUGCCAGGGAUCAUCAUGGGAGGCAUCCUGCCCUUUGGAUGUAUCUUCAUCCAGCUCUUCUUCAUUCUUAAUAGCAUUUGGUCUCACCAAAUGUACUACAUGUUUGGCUUCCUGUUCCUAGUUUUUAUCAUACUCCUGAUUACGUGUUCAGAGGCGACAGUCUUGCUGUGCUACUUUCAUCUAUGCGCAGAGGAUUAUCACUGGUGGUGGAGAUCCUUCCUAACCAGCAGCUUCACAGCUGUUUAUCUCUUCAUCUACGCCUUUCACUAUUUCUUUUCGAAACUCCAGAUCACAGGCACCGCCAGCACAAUUUUAUAUUUUGGGUACACCAUGAUCAUGGUCUUGCUCUUCUUCCUUUUCACAGGAACAAUUGGAUUCUUUGCUUGCUUCUGGUUUGUUAGUAAGAUUUACAGCGUUGUGAAGGUGGACUGAAGAACUUCCGUGAUCUUGAAUAUAUCUCUUGAAUGGCUGGAUGUAUUAACCAUGUACCAAGGAUAAACAAAUGUUACAUCUUAAAAUAAUUAAAGCAUACAAAGUUUCUUCCUUGGCACCAGAAAGAGGCUUUAAAUGGAGUGGACCUAAAGCGCAUGGGCAGUUCUGAAGAACUUGACUUGAGUGGCAUUUUAAAAAUGUCACAUUCCGUGGAGGUUUUUUGUUAUUCAAAUCAGAAAGAGCAAAACCGGCUUAAUGACAAAACUAUGUGCAUUCUGCUACUCCCACCCAGCCGAUAUUUCUUGUGACUCCUGUUUUUACACAAUUACUUAAUUAUUCUGCCACAAUAUAGGACCGUCUGGUAAAAUAUUAUGUUAAAAAGUGACUUUUUAAAUUAAAAAGGUACAACUGUACAUAAUAUUCUGCAACUCCUUUGCAGAUAAUGCGUCACCUCGCAAAGAUGUACAAGCGUUUAGUGCUAUGUGCUGGAAGAAACAGAAGCUAUAGUUCUGUUUCAAAUAAAAAUACACAGUUCCAGCAGGA